UAAUGCCGGGUCUAGACCUCAGCACAUCACAGCAAUCACCUGCUCAAGACUAGAAAGCAGCCAGAGAUCAAACAGCAGCAGAACCAUGGACAUCCUGACAGGAACCUGCAAGUUCACAGCGGUGCUGCUUCUCCUUGGAGUCACCACUUUGAUGUCUGUCCAAUGCCUGGAUCUUCAUCGUCAUAAAGGAUGUCCACCUGCCACUAAAUUCCCACCUACGGUGAAAGUCAGCCUAAAUAUGAGUGGACAGGACUCGCCUCUCCUGAGUGGUGAUGUGAGGAAGCGCUCCACCUCUCCAUGGGAGUACAGCUAUGACAAAAACAUCCACCGACACCCUGUGGUUAUUGCCGAGGCCAAGUGUGAACUUUCCGGAUGCAUAGACGCCGAGGGCAAAGUGGACAACGAAUUAAAUUCUGUCCCCAUUAGACAAGAGAUCCUGGUCCUUCACCGUGAGAUGAAGGGGUGCGUCCCCGUCUUCACGCUGGAGAGAAAGAUCGUGACUGUGGGCUGCACCUGCGUACGAGCCGUCACCCAAGAGCAGCAAUAG